AGAUGUGUCUGUGUGUGUGUAUUUGUGCGCGCGCGUUUUGCAUAUUUUAUGCUUGGUCGGUGUCAAGUUGUAUACAUAGAUAGUUAUACUGAUUUCUCUUGAAGGUACCCACUAUGACUUGUUAUUCUGAUAGACUUGGAGAAGUUAUUUCCCUUAGAGAGAAGUUGUUUCCCCUUUCUAUAAAUGGAGUGGAACAGGCGAAUAAAGACAAUGUAAGCGUUUCUGUUAACUCGACCACACGUGGCGAUUAUGAAGUGACCACAUGAUGUGGACUAUGAUGUGGAAGGAAUGGACAGUGCUGAUUAGCCUCGUUCUGAUGCUAUUACAAUGUUUACAGCUAAAGGUCAAGGCUGUCGACUGUGGAGGACUUUACGUCUUGAGCCCUGAUAGACCAGACGUCAUCAUUCAAAGUCCAGGAUACGGAGACGCAUACCCCAUAAAUGUCGCCUGCCAGUGGACAGUGGUCACUCUGGAUAAUCAGGUUGAAUUCUGACACUUGAAGCCGAGUUUCAGGAUUUCAGUGUUGAAUACCAGACGACUUGCCAGUUUGACAAACUCUACCUGGACACGUCUGCUUGCGAUUUUCAACACGUCCGCGUGUUUUGCGGCGAGGAACUGCCACAGCCAAUCAAAACGUCGGGAUCGAUUUUCUGCCUGCGAUUUCUAACAGACAUGAUUAUUCAGCAGCGAGGGUUUCAACUCAAAGUAACUCUCGCAGACUCCACUGUCUCGCAGCUCAGCUCUCAGCCAUCAGCUCUCAACAGACAUGCGCGGAGCGUAUCCUCAUUACCCAUCAGUACUUGCAGCCCAUUUCCGGUUCCCCUUCAGACAGAUUCGGUGAUAAUUACGCCCCAUGCGGACACGUGGAGGUUCUACCCACCUAACGCCGUCUGCCGAUGGCUGGUUUUGGGUACAGCGGUACUACAAUUUGAACAUUCUGAAGGUACAUCACACAAGGGAUGUAACUAUGAUUCAUUCGUUGUGAUUGAAGGGGAAGAAAGCAAGCCCCAUUACACAUUUGAACUGUGUGAGCAGACAACUCUGGGCCCAAUCGUGAUGCAGACGCCAAAACUGAUCGUUUUCUCGACUGACCGUCUAAUUCAGGCGCGAAGUUUCGUCGCCAAACUUGACUUCAUGAGCCCAAACGAGGAUGACCAGUAUUCUUCAUCAAGCUCCAGUACGAACGUUGAUUUCACAUCGCUAUCUUCAUCAACAUCGCCAUCGUUACCAACAUUGCCUUCGUCAUUAGCUUUCCUUUCAUCGGCCUCAAGUGUAACUACGAAUCCUACAUCCCAGACGACAUUGGAGCAGACGCAGCCGGCGCUCACACAAGCUUCACCAACAAAAAGUGCGUCCACAAUGCCAACAUAUUCAUCCGCGGAGACCACACCACAAUCAAAUUUUUCCACGCACGCACAAAUAAACAGUUCUCAGCAGUAUGAAACGACUGAAUCAAAGAGAACGGAAGCGUCUGCUACAAGCUUCGUCACCACUACCUACACUACCAACAGCAUCGACUCGGAGAUUGACUCGGCAUGUUCCGGAAUUCCAUCGGUGAUGGGGGAAACAUCAGGGAUUGUUUCAAGUCCAGGAUUUUCUUCACAUCAAAAUUACCCUUUGAAUAUCAAGUGUCGUUGGAUCAUUGAUGGAAAACAAGGUCAGAUUAUCUCCCUUGCAUUUCUACAUUUUGAUCUUGAGUAUGAACCUACGUGUUCCUAUGAUUUCUUGGAAGUUUACCAAGUCGCUAAUGGUAGCCUGUCGUUGAUUGGUCGAUACUGUGGGUCUUCUGCUCCGAGGAACUUGACGUUAUACAGCCUACGUUUGGAGAUACUCUUUGAAUCGGACAGAAUGCAGUCAGCUGCGGGCUUCGAGCUGUUGUAUAGUCUUCUAGCUGCAAACGUGACACUGCCAGACUGCCCAUUAGGUCGUGUCCGCUGUGACGGUAGUUUGGAAUGUAUCCCCGAGGAAUGGAUAUGUGACACGGAGCAGGACUGUCCACUAGGAGAUGACGAGACGAACUGUCGAAUUUGUGGUAGUGAUGAGUUUACUUGCUCCGACAAAAGCUGCGUGCCUAAUUAUCGUCUGUGUGAUGGAACUGACCAGUGUCCACACAGCGAAGACGAGAGCCUCUGUACCAAAAUCAACGCAGACGGCUUAUUUCAAGUCAUGAAAUCUGGCCAAUGGUUUCCCGUCUGCUCAACAUCCUGGAGUGAUGCCCUGGAUAUUAAGGCCCUUUGGGCAUGCGCUGAUGUAGGUCAGGGACAAGUGAUGUCCUUAAAUGAGGUCAAACUACCUCUGGUCAGUUCUUUCAUCCAUGUGACAGUUGUGGUGAAUAAUGUAUCGGAAGUGGACACAGCCAGCCAGUCAGCUCUGUUACCUUAUAGAGUGGUGACUCGUGUCAGCUCUCUAUGUCAGGACAAAAUGUCUGUCCAGCUUUCAUGUGAAAUUAAAGAAUGUGGCCACAGAAGUGUCCAUCUCCCGCAGCCAUUCGUCUUGGACGCCGUGGAGUCCAGUGAUGGUCAGUGGCCCUGGACUGCUGCAAUCUUCUCGGGCUCAUUCUUCAAAUGUGGCGCAACUCUUAUUUCUGACCAUUGGGUGGUCAGUGCCGGACAUUGCAUUUACAAUAUGGUUAACUCCCCUGAAACUACGACAAUCCGUAUUGGUCAUGUCAACAUUCAAGCCGCAGACAUCACCUCCGUGCGUGUCAGCGACAUCAUCAACCACCCAGACAACAAUUACAUUUAUGACAACGACAUCGCACUGCUCAGGAUGGAGCACCCCGUCGCCCUGUCAGACCUCCAGAGGCCCCUCUGUCUCGGGGACUAUCAGAAGGACCGUAGCCCCAGUUUGGUGUGUUACGUGGCUGGAUGGGGUGUCCUGAACAAAUCAAGUGUAGCCUCUGGGGAAGGGACUUCGUUGCUUCACCACACAAAGCUGAAGCUGUGGGAGCAGACGAAAUGUCAGAAGGCGUACCCAAACCAGAUUAAGCCCACAAUGUUGUGUGCCGGCUAUUACAGUGGUGGAAUGGACGCCUGUAAGGGUGACAGUGGCGGACCGCUGAUGUGUCAAUCUCGCCCCGAACAAUGGGAGCUGGUCGGCGUGGUCAGUUGGGGAGAAGGCUGUGGUGAGGUCGGCAAGCCGGGUGUCUACACGAGAGUUGACCCAUACAUAAACUGGAUCAAAUCUGUUAUAGGAGAUGCAGGCAAAGUAAACGCUUCUUGUGACUUCGAGCAUCCAGACAUCUGUGGCUAUUCCAGCUGGUCAGGGAGUGAGUUCUCCUGGAGUCGUAGGUCUGGGGGCGUCCAUGUACCCGCCAUGCCUAGCGCUGACACUACUUUGAAAACUACCGCAGGUCAUUACCUGUACGCUUACAUACCAUACAACACCAAAGAGAAAGAGGCUGUGCUGGUAUCUCCCGGAAUAACGCUACAAGCGUUCCCGUCCUGCCUCCAAGUCAGCGUCAUCCUGUUCCAGUGCCCACGAUGUCAGCUACAGCUACAGACGGUGACUACAGGUGGCGGCGUCUCGCCCACGCUCUUUCAAAUCUCUACGCAGACACCAUUUUGGAUGAGAUUCAGUGUAGACAUAUCUGAACCAUUUCAAAAACUUCGGUUUGUAGCUAGUUCCGGUAGACAGAUCUACGGUGGCGUAGGACUUGAUGACAUCAUUCUGGAGCCAAAGAUCUGUCCAUCUACAGUGAGAUUAAAUUGUAAUUUCGAUAACCUGGACAAGAUGACCUUAAAUUUGUGUCAGUAUACGCAAGACCGAGAAACGGAUGAAUUUGAUUGGUCGGUGGAAGUAGAACAAGGAGACACAAAUACAUCUGACAUAGACAUGUUUUUGCGAGGAUGGAACACAUUUGGUUACCUUGGAUACAGAGCACGCAUUAAGUCUCCAGAAAUAGCUGGUUACGUCCCUUUGUGUCUCAGCUUCCGGUAUAGAAUCAGCUCCCCUAGUGCUGGGGCUCUUCAGCUCUGCAAGCAGUUUGUCGUCAGUGGCAGCCCGUAUCUGGACUGUUCCAUUUGGUCAUCCCGAUCUCUGGGGCCUCAGCCAGAGUGGGGUCAAGCUCGGGUCAGCGUCGGGGCGUCCACUGUAAAUUUCAGUCUCGUUUUUGAGAUGGUUCAGGGUCAGGGUCAAGGUUAUGUGGACCUCGAUGAUAUUGUUCGUCAAGAUGGCGACUGUGUAUGAUGCUGAUCUGCAUCUAAGCAGCGAGCCUGGUUAGAAGGAAAGUGUUAGCUAUUUUAGAGGCGACUUCAUAGAAUGAAAUGGGAUGAUGUGUAUUUAUACCCAGGAUUGGGUUGAAAAUAGAAGUGUAUCUUACUUUACUCUAAAACUUACUGGGGGUUUUCUCUCCUUCAAUCUGAGGUUAAGAUUUUAGAGAGGACAAAAAUUAAAGCCGUGAAAUACUGAUAAGUAAAACCCCAUUAUAGCUCUUUGAGAUAAGGAUCGCACUAUUGGACGCAAUACUGAUAAAAGAAUAGUUUUGUAUGUUAAAGCAGGGUAAGGGAGACAAUCAUGGUGGUCUAGUUAUUGUUUACUGAGUUAUUGGACUUGUUUCUAGAAAGUUUUAUGACGCAUGUUUUGCUCAUUCAGACUCUAUGGUCUAGAGUCUAGAUAUAUUGAUGCAAACAAGAAAUCUUUUUUUAAAUCAGUGUAUAUUAAAGUAAUAUAGCAAAUGUAAUAAUUUCUAUUCAACUCACUAAGGAGAAAAAAAAAAGAAAAUUGGCCAGUAAGGGACCCACGACAUUCGCGCUAUUAGCGAGUGCCAACGGGAGGCUAAGUACGCUUGAACUUUGCUUGGCUACCUAUGAAGGGGGCUCGAGGUUCGACGCCCGACUCGAGCGGAGUUGUGUUUACUGAGCGCCUAAGGGCAGCACGGAAGGCCUUCUCCCAGAUACCCCCCUGCCCCUACUGGUCCACCAAUGGGUAUAGCGUAUAAAUGCUAUCAAUAACAUAAGGCAAUUAUACGGGUCUACGUUAUUUGUAUUGAAUAAGAAAUACAUGGAGCCUCUUACAUUACAAAAUGAACACGCUUUCAUUAGUUAUAGGGCGCGUGCCGCGAUAAGCAUGGAGUGUUACGUUAUUUGCAUUUAUAUAAAUUAUUAUUGAUUUAAAGAUGGUUUUAAUGACUUUACAUAUUAAGUUAAGCGACCCUUAGUUAGUUUGCAGCACACAGUUCUACACUCUGUCAGAACCUGCGACCCCAAACUGUAUCGGCACUUGCAGUUCCUUUGGAUUGAUCAACUAUGAUGGGGGGAACUGUACUGUGGUCGACAUCGUUCCGACCAAAGCUAAUGCCCAGGCAUUCAUCUCAUUUAUUUAAGAUGAUCCAUAGUCGAUUUCAGACUGAAGGAGGCCGUAUCAUAUGAAUCUUCUGGUAUAAGAGAGUUGAUUCUGACAUACAUAUAUCUACUGUAAAUUGUUGAAUUGCUUCCAGUUUAAGAUGUAAAUAAAUGUAUCUGUUAUUUAUUAUGUUCACCUCAUAUUAUAACUCGGGUAAUAACUGCAUACACUAUAUAUUAUAUGUUGAUUGUAAUACAUAUAUACAUAAACUUAUUUUAUAUUGAACAUUUGUGUUCACGUAUAGAGCUGGUUGUUCAGUGAUUCAUUAUAAUAGCACAGCACAACAGGAAAAAAAAAAUCCAUUUUGCACUAUCUGUACAAUGAUACGAUAUAGUAAUACCGUGAUACAAUGAUACUAUACAGUUGUACAAUGAUAUAAUGAUACAAUAGUGUAGUGAUACAAUGUUACGAUACAGUGAUACAAUGAUACAAUACAGUGAUACAAUGAUACAAUGCAGUGAUACAAUGAUACAAUAAAGUGAUGAAAUGAUAUAAUGAUACAAUAGUUAUACAAUGAUUCGAUACAGUGACAAAACGAUACAAUAAAGUGAUAAAAUGAUAGAAUACAGUGAUACAAUGAUACAAUACAGUGAUACAAUAUAGUGAUAGGAUAUGAUACAAUACAGUGAUAAAAUGAUACAAUGCGUUGAUACAAUGCUACAGUACAGUGAUACAAUGCUACAGUAAUGCUACAGUACAGUGAUACAAUACUACAGUACAGUGAUACAAUGCUACAGUAAAGUGAUACAAUGCUACAGUACAGUGAUACAAUACAAGGCAGCCCUUUUUCUUGAGACUUCUAUUUUGUUCCAACAUCCAACAUUCUGAGUUAUGUCUAUUAACCUAUUGACCAAAACAUUUCUAUUCUAUUUAAACAUAGAAUUUGUUUUUUUUUAAAGUUAUUUCACAAUAAACAUUUCAUUAUUGUAUU